AUGGCUCAAUCUAUUCCCAAGACUGUCAAGCAAUGGACCAUCCCCUCCCGUGAUGGAAAGGACUUCAGCGGUCUGAAGUUCAGCGAGGAGUCUGUCCCCGAGCUCGGUGACGGCCAAGUCCUCGUCAAGAUCCAGGGCGCUUCCCUCAACUACCGCGAUCUCAUCCUCCCUCUCGGAAAGUACCCCUUCCCCGCCAAGGACGGCGUCGUCCCCGGCUCUGAUGGCGCCGGCACUGUCCUCGCCGUCGGCAAGAACGUCACCCGCUUCCGUCCCGGCGACAAGGUCGUCACUCUCUUCAACCAGGGCCACAUCGGCGGAUCUCUCGACCAGCUCAGCAUCCAGACCGGUCUCGGUGGUGUAACCGACGGAACUUUCCGCACCGUUGGUGCCUUCGAUGAGCACGGCCUUGUCCCUAUGCCCUCUAACCUCGACUUCCACGAGGCUGCUACCCUCACCUGCGCUGGUCUCACUGCCUGGAACGGUCUGUACGGUCUUGAGGGCAAGAAGCUUCUCCCUGGCCAGUGGGUUCUCACCCAGGGUACCGGUGGUGUUAGCAUCUUUGCUGUUCAGUUCGCCAAGGCUGCUGGUGCAAAGGUCAUCGCUACUACCAGCUCUGCUGAGAAGGCUAAGCUUCUCGAGAAGCUUGGUGCCGACCACAUCAUCAACUACCGCGAGACUCCUGAGUGGGGAGCCAAGGCCAAGGAGCUCACCGGCGGUGCUGGUGUCGACCACGUCAUCGAGGUUGCUGGUCCUACAUCCAUGAAGCAGUCCCUCAACGCCAUCAAGAUCGACGGUGUCAUCUCUAUUAUCGGCUUCGUUGGCGGCACCGACAAGAGCGACCCUGGUUUCCUCGACUGUCUUUCCAACCUCUGCACUACCCGAGGUCUUCUUGUUGGAAGCCGUGCUCAGAUGGAGGAUAUGUGCCGUGCUGUUGAGGCCAACCCUGAUAAGCUUCGACCUGUCGUUGACCCCAAGAUCUUCUCUCUGGAGCAGCUCCGUGAGGCCUAUGAGUACCAGUGGUCUGGCAAGCACCAGGGCAAGGUCUGCGUCAAGAUUGAGUAA